CAAUUCACAAAAACAUUACUGCUACAAAAGCAUAUAUUCCAUAACAACCAUUUGAAUAGACUAGAAACAUGGCUUCUUUCACUUUCUCAUCACUCCUUCUACCAAUUCUGCUCCUUUCUUUCUCACUAAUGAUCACUGACAUUGCAGAGGCACGUAAUGCUCCCAAAGUGCAUGGCACUAAGAAACUGGAGCUGCCGCCUCUGCCGGAGCUGCCGCUUGUGCCGGUGGUGCCAUCACUGCUUCCUCCGCUCCCAAAGCUUGAUGUGCCAGUUUCAGGUGUGCCAAUUCCGGAACUGCCAAUUCCACCUGUGCCUGCUGUUCCUCUUCCUUCACUGCCUGUGCCUAUUCCUGCAAUUCCUAAGGCCAUUCCAACCACUACUCCAUGAAAUAACUAAAACUUCUAUUCUUUGCUCUUGAACUUGUAACUUAGUGGUUAAGUUUCCUGCAUCUAAAUUUGGGUUCUGCUUUCUACUCUUCCACUGCAUGUACUAUCUAUGUAUUGUUUAUAAUAUUGUUUGUGUGUGUAACUCUACGUGCCUCUCUUGUGGAUUCCUUUUGUAACUGUGUGUGUCCUUAAAUAACAAGUUAUCUUCAUUUUUUAGCA